UCACACAUUGUCUCAGAGACGCAAAACACCGGCUGAUGGGGAAACAGUCACCUCCAGGGACAUGUAAAUUUGUAAUAACUAAUAUUAUAAUACAUUAUAAGCGGCAUUAAACCGGGUUCUUGUGUCGUAUAAAAUGGCAACAGACUCGGAUGAACAUAGCCCUAUUACAAUAGAGCAAGUCAUUGGACCUCAAACAGAGACAAGACAACAAACGGCUCUUGGUUUGUGUAGAAAAUGCAACGAUUUGAAUGCAUUGGAACAACUCUUUUUGGGCACAGCUUUGCUUGGCAUUCUUGGAUGCUUGGGUUUAACCAUAGAGCGUCUUGUUACACUCGAGAAGAAUACUGCUGACUUCAUAUUUGCUCUAGUACUGCUGGUAAAUGCAGUGUUUUGUGUUUACUACGUUCUGGAUGGCGUCUACCGUGAGCGACCAUACGAAGUCUUCACAGUUGUCAUCGGUUCAGCCAUCCUCAUCAUCUACUGUGCUGCCGAGUAUGGCGUCGAUAGGAGCUCAAAGUGUCGGCCGUGGGAGGGUCAGUGCUCACCCAAUGACAUCGUAAAGAUGACGAGGCUGAUUCUGAUUGGAAUAAUUGGUCCCGUCAUCAUGGCACUCGGCUGCUUGGUCUCCUGGCAGUACUAUAAAUCAGGAAACCUCGUCUUCCGCACAGUGGGUGCUAACAUUGAACUGCAAAAGAUGUGCAGGAUUGUAUAUUUAUGUGAAACUCUGCUGAAGUUUGAUUUACAACUAGGGGUCACCAUGAUAAUUUUGGUAUUGCAAAGCAGUGAGCAGGCGGACGAAUUGUCUUCCCUUGAGAUAACAAUCCUGAGUGUUGGAAUAGCAUUUAACGUCCUCUGGAUGCUGCUGGGGUUUGUUGGAAUGUGGUUGGAGAGCAAGUACCUGAGUCAUAUUUUCCUCAUAACUAGUAUCCUGGAGCCUGCCUAUAUAAUUUACAAAAUAUGGGAUGUGAGCGAUCAGCUAUCUAAUAAGUCAGGGAUGGUGACAGUGGUGCCACCUACAGGCAACAUCACGACGACGUUGCUGCCUACGCUGGAGCCAACCAGCCCCACCGCCAUCUUGCAAAUAGCCGUAUAUUUUAUUGGUCUUGGUGCACUGGCUUUGCGUGUCGUCCUGGUAGUCACCAUGGUGGUAGUCUCUCGGAAUUACGGGAAAGGACUGAAGGAGAAAGUUUAUGGGACGCCGCCUGCUCUCCUGGUGGACCACAGCCAACCACCAACAGCUGCUGGGUUUCACAAUUAUGGAAGUCUAUAGGUAGCGAGGGCAAUAGUCAUGGUCACAGAAUCAUAGUGUCAAAUCAUCAUUGUUGUACUAUAGCAUAGUCGUGAGGGCUACACCAUUCAGUCCAGUUAGCCUUUCUGUGGUAUAUCAUCCUAAAAUUAGUGUUGCGUGAUAUCAUCAAAUUAUUAGUGCUCUAUCAUGCCACCAAUGCUCAAUUUUUAUGCUAUAAUAUAUGUGUAGUUAUAGGUGCAUUUGGAUAGAAUGCUACUGCAAGUGAUGAAAUCAAAGUAUAAAGGAUUUUGAAUGUAAAUUUAAUUUUGAACCUUAGUGGUGAAUAUGUUAUCUGUGAUUUACCUAGCUGUCUAUUCUCUUCAUUUGUCUGCUAUGGUGGUGUCGUCUUUCUACGUAUUGGGGAUGGGAAGCAGUGUCCAUCAGUGGGCGGGCCAUGUCCUGAGGCAGGUGGGAUCACCAUACCACACGUGUCCUCCAUCUCACCACCUUUUUAGUAAAAUGCCACACUGAGCAUGCCAAGUGAAUCUUUAGGCUGGGGAAUGAGGCUUGUCUUCUUCUCCUUUUGUUAUAUAUGGAUGUAAAUGAAACAUGAUACGAGGAUUUGAAACAUAUUUGGUCGUAAUCAUAUGCUUAUAGAACGUGUGUCACUAUAGCCUAUAUAUAUAUAUAUAUAUAUGUAUUAUAUAUGUGGCUGAUUAUUCACUGCACUGUAUUGUGUAAAUGCAUGGAUAAGUAUUGUAGGCGGUAAACUGUGUCACAGGUUCUGCAUUGAUUGUUGCGUUUCUAGAAGCAGUACUAUUUGCAAACAAACUGCAAGUCAAAGGUACAAAUCAAAUUUAUUUUUGUAUUGUAGACUCGGUGAAUGUCAGGGAGUAUGCGCUCUGAGAAACAUUUAUCUCGUUUGCUUUUACUACACGACCCUACUACAGUGAUGUCAUGUGUCUGUGUAAACAAGGCCCAUGUUACUCAGAGUGCAAGUGCGAUGCUCCCUGUAAGAAAAUCAGGGAGCGAAUUAUGUGUAACAUAUAGAAAAUAAUAUCAUCGGGACUCUCUUGUAUAGAAUUGUGUAUAUUUUGCAUAUAUUGAGUCGAACACGCGUUGAUAUGUGUUGAACUUAUGAAUAAUGUUGCAAAGUUACUGUUAGUAGACGUGUGGCGGUUCACAGACUCUCAACGGGGCUGUGUGACAUCGCAUGCCUUUGAUGCUGUGACAACUGUGACAAGCGUAAGACAAUAUAGUAAAAGGUAUUAUCGAAUGUAAGAUGUGGAAGUAUUCUGGCAAUACUGGAGCCUGACAAAUAAAUAAGAGCUAGCAAUAUUCUCACUGCAUGUCACGUGUUGUAACAGGGAGAACUAUUUGUCAAAUACCUUCCCUCCUCACACACUUUUAUCCCAGAUAGAAAUGUUCCUCGCAUGCUGGUGGGAAGAAAUGCCUUGGAAGGGUCACCUUCCAGCACGUGUAAAAAUGUGACAGCACUUCUGUGAGCUAAUAUAUUGCAGCUGUGUGUCAGGUACCUUGACAGUUACAAAAAUUGGUGGCUGCAGAUAGCAAAGCAAAUGUAGCAGAGGAAAGCAAAUGUAUGUACAGCACUUUGCUCUAGUAUCCAAACUGUCGGAUAAAAAAGGGUGUUCAGCUAAUUAUUUAUUUCUUCAGCGUGUGUUUUUUCUGCUUGCGCGCACGCAGACGUGGGUGAGGGGGCUGCCGCCUUCGCGCGACAUAUAGCAAGAACGUACGUCAGCUCCACAAAUUAUAAAUUACACUGAAAGUAGCUUUUCAGCACGUUCCUUCACAGAAGAGUGUAGGGAAACAGGGCACGCACUGUGUUAAUCCGUCAACCAGCGGCAUUGCCAUAGACGGCUUCGCACAAAAGCGCGAUGGCUCUGUUUCGCCGCGAGAGGCGUUGGUGUUGCAUAUGAGUCAUAGAUAGGUUGUGACUUUUGAACAUCGACGCGGCUGAUUUAUCUGUGGACAUCUGACUAAAAUCCAAUCGAGAUUUUAAGAAUUCAGAGGCGUACCUCCAUUACAAAUAUAAUUACAGUCCAACGGAAAAUUUCCAGUAGAAGAGGAAAGCCUAAAAUUAUUUUUUUAAAUGUUAACCUUUUCUAUUGCAAUCCUCAGUGUUGAUCUAUCAAUUUUGUGAAUGGUUAGUGUUUAAAAAAAAUAAUUUUUGGCUCUUCUCUUCUACGGGCCAGUACCUUGGACUAUGAAUGAUAUUUGUUAUGAAGGUAUGUCUCUGCAUUCUUAAACUAUCUAUCGGAAUUUGGGCCAAGAGUCACAACCUUAUAGAUAGAUACCUAGAGAUAGAUAGCUAGAUUAAGCGGCGUCUCAGCGCAAACAGGACACAGUGCGUAUGCGGUAUAGUUAAUGUAACAGCAGGUUAUUCCCGGAUGAAGAUGCGGCCAGAGACGAUGUUCGUUCGUCUGCUUGUCUGCUCGCAAGCUUUUCUCAGACUUGUGCGACAAUGAGUUUGCGCAAGGUCGGUUCUUCUGUGCGCUGUUUCGGCCCAGUCACUCGCUUAUUGCUUUAGGGGUAAUGGUCUUAACCGUAGCGGGUGGGGUGUCUCGCAUUCAUACGAUCGUAUAAUGAUGUUAACCUACUCUUGGUCGGAUCUAUAUAACGAAAUGUGUAUAUAUAUAUAUAUAUAU